GGGGUGGAAGAAAAAGACAGUCCAUCUUCCACUCGUCCAUUUCCACCGGAUCGGCCUCGGUCUCCGCCUCACCCCGCCGCAAGGGCAAGGGCACCGGCAUGCCAGACAUGAAGGAGCUGGCCGAGGCGAAGGCCUCGCACGAGUGCCUCUCCUUCAUGAUCGAGCACUACAAGCAGAUCUACACAGCCGGCAAGGAGAAGCUGGCCAAAUGCAACUUCAGCUACAUGGAGGAGUCAAAGCCGGUGCCCCUGGAGGCCCUCGGUGAGGGCAUGCAGUUCCACAACUGGCGGGGCUACCUCUACGAGUGCACCAGCGCCACCAUCAAGGAGGGUCGAGAGAAAACCCGUGGCUGGUUCAGCAUCAACUCCCCGAAUGACAGCAGUGUGGACAUCGCCUACAAGAAGGUGGGCGAUGGCCAUCCCCUGCGCCUGUGGCGUUGUUCCACGGAAAUCGAGGGACCACCGCGAGAGGUGCUCGAGUACGUGAUCAAGCAACGCGCCUCCUGGGACAUAAAUCUGCUGCAGUGCCAGUCAAGAAGUUGGACGAUCGCACGGAGAUCUAUCAAUACGCCCUCGAUGGGCAGCUAUCAACCGACUUUUGUGUCUUGCGUUCCUGGCAAACGGAUCUGCCACGUGGUGCCUGUGUCAUUGUGGAGACCUCCAUUGACAAUGCCAAGGCCAAGCCCUUGUAUGGAGCUGUGCGCGGCGUGGUCCUUGCCUCUCGCUAUCUCAUCGAGCCCUGUGGCAGUGGCAGAUCUAGAGUAAUGCAUUUGGCCAGAGUGGAUGUCAAAAGUAAAACACCUGAGUGGUACAACAAGAACUACGGACACAUUUGCUCCCACUACCUGUCCCGCAUACGCCUGGCGUUCAAGCAAGUGGCCGAUGGACCCGAGAGCAAGGUCUAGGCUAAAAUAUAUAUAUA